CGCCCACACUCUCCAUCCCACUCCCCCCCCACGUUUUUCUGGCGUCAUUAGCAGCGUGAAGCCAGCGGCGGUGGCGUGCGACGACACACACGAACUGUUCGGCCGCACAUUCACAUUCACAGCAUCAUCAUCAGCAUCAUCAUCAGCAUCAUCAGCAGCAGCAUCAGCAUCAUCAGCAGCAGCAGCAUCAUCGGCUUCUCUCGCUCUGUCGCGCUGUUCCAGCUUCGCCUGCCCACUGCUGCCUGCCCGCUGCUGCUGCUGCUCCUAACAGCUGCAGACGCUUGUGACUUUCACGCACGCACAUAUAUAAUAUAUAAUAGCAACGCCUUUUGUCUGCUGGUUGGGCAAAGCCUUUAUUAGGGCGCUACUCGGUUCUCGUUUUUUUUUGUUUUUCCAUCGUCUGGUCACCCGAGCCACAAUGGAGAAGAAGCAGUGGUGUGGAUUGAAGGGCCGUGCCGUGGAGCUCGUGUACUGGCGCGACGUGCGCAGCUCGGCCGGCGUGUUCGGCGCCACCACGGCGCUGCUGCUGGCGCUCACGCAGUUCAGCGUCGUGAGCGUCGCGUGCUACGUGUGCCUCGCCGUGCUCUCCGUCACCGUCAGCUUCCGCGUCUACAAGUCGGUGCUGCAGGCCGUGCAGAAGAGCGACAGCGGCCACCCCUUCCGGGCGUGUCUGGAGUGCGACCUGGGCGUGUCGCAGGCCACCGUAGAGACGCACCUGGACGUCGCUCUGGCGCGCUUCAACGCGGUCGUGCGGGAGCUCCGGCGCCUCUUCCUGGUGGAGGACCUCGUCGACUCGCUCAAGUUCGCUGUUCUCAUGUGGCUUCUCACUUACAUCGGAGCGAUCUUCAACGGCCUCACCCUCCUCAUCCUCGGUGUCCUGACCCUGUUCACAGCUCCCGUCGUUUACGAGAAGUAUCAGACACAGAUCGAUCACUACCUGGCCCUGGCUCGCAGCAAUCUCAACGGCGUCAUCGCCAAGGUCCAGGCCAAGAUCCCCGGUGCCAAGCGCAAGGCGGAGUAGACACGGAGGCAGCAGAGAGUCCCGGGGUCUUUCCCCAACUUCCCCAAACCCCGUCGCGUCGUCCCGUCGUUACCAUUGCCCUCAUCAUCGUUCUUAUUAUUAUUAUGACCACCACUACUACUACGGUGGUGGUGGUGUCUCCCCCGUGGGUUUCUCCAGCCCAAUCUUAAUUUUGGAGCUUUCGUGACUGCAGGAAUUACUCUUUGGUUCUUUCGGUAAAGUCACGUAUAAAGAUAAAAUAAUAAAUUAAAUAAUAGCAUACGACGUUUCGAUUGCAACACAAGCAAUCAUCAUCAGGUAUAAAUGAAAUAGCAACAAAAAUCUAACCAGAAAACUAUA